AUGUUGAAAUUCACUGUUUUCUUGAUAUUAUUAUCAAGAGUUUCGUGUCAAAAUUGUUCCUUUGGCCGUAUAUCAGCCGAAGUACUGGUUAACGUGGAUAGUGAAGUGGAGAAAGUGGAUUUCAGUGGAAAAGUCGAGCUGCCCGAAGAUAAUUUUCAGCUUUUUAUAAACCAACAGAAUCUACCGAGGCUGUGCGAGAACUCUAUACACAUCAUCAAUGAACUGUCUAUACUCCAGGUUCGAAAUUCAAAUUUGCUCGCUAUCGAUCCAGGAGCUUUCAACAUAGCUCCUGCUUUGGCCUUGUUGAAAAUAAGCUACAAUCCCUUGACAGUCUUGAGAGCAGGGGUGUUCAAUAAGGUUAGGACGAAAGAAAUUGACGUUUCCCACAAUUUUAUUUCGGUGAUUGAAAAGGAAACUUUCGAUAACAACUCAUGGUUGGAGGUGGUGUCUCUAAGCCAUAAUGCUAUCAAACAUCUGGAUCCGGACUGGUUCCAAAACAGCCCGAAUGUAUAUAAGAUAAGCAUAAUUUACAACGAGCUGACUAGAGUACCUGACGAAGCAUUUCGAAACAUGGCAAAGGAUAGAGGUUUGAAGCUGAGGCUUUCCGCAAAUAUGAUUUCAGAGGUAGCAGAAAAAGCAUUCGAAGGCAUUGAAACGGUACAAAAUCUGUGGAUGAAUGGAAACAAACUGAGAAGUCUCCCAACCGCUCUUUUCAACAAUAUAAGUAUCAUAAACCUUGAACUGAACACUAACAAUCUCCUGUGUUUUCCUGAAAAUAUGUAUGGAUGCGGUUUGAAAAAGUUACAGUUUUUGGAUAACCAACAGUUCAGGUGCGAUUGUUUGAAUGAAGUGAAAGAUUUUGUCAUUGAAAACAGUGUGGAUAUUGUCUAUCCUUCUAUAAUUUGUGAAAACAAAACUAGACAGGUUAAUGUGGUGUUCAAUUUUAACAAAACUUACGAAAUUCCUAUAUUCUCGUAA